ACCAAAUAGGCAGCAUUUAUACUCAAAAUGUGUGGAUCUCCCAAGCUUAUCUUUCGAAAACCAAUCCUGUUCUCUUUUUCCCGGUAAACUCCUCACGCCAACGUUUACUGAGAGACAGGGGAGAGACGAAAAUCUGACUAUCGUUUGCCAUGGAGGGCUUGAAGCUUGCAGAUUCCUCCUACAGUAACCGUUGCAGGAAACCUCUCAUACCACUCGCUACUUCGAACAUACCUUCCGGACGACGUUUUCUAAAAUCAGCGAAAGAUGGUCUUGCCCUUGUCACUGGUUGCAAAGUAUAUAUGAGCUUGAGAAUGAGAACUCUUGUUCAAGUUUCUCCGAGUAUCAAGCUAUACGAACAUUCCAAGUUGAGGAAGACACAGGAAAUACGGUGCUCAGCAGCAUCAAUAAAGCCUGCAACAAAGGAAAUGAUGAAGGAUAUGCCCAACGACCUCCCAGUGAGUGGGGAUUCCAUACGCCGCCGGUUUCUUGAUUUCUAUGCUUCUCGGAGUCAUAAGGUCCUUCCAAGUUCGUCACUUGUGCCAGAUGAUCCUACUGUUUUACUUACAAUUGCAGGAAUGCUUCAGUUCAAGCCUAUAUUUCUUGGAAAGGAACCUAGAAAAGUAGCUCGUGCUACAACUGCUCAAAGGUGCAUACGUACGAAUGAUGUGGAGAAUGUGGGGCAAACAUCACGGCAUCAUACCUUUUUUGAGAUGCUUGGGAACUUUAGUUUUGGAGAUUACUUCAAGAGGGAAGCAAUCAAUUGGGCAUGGGAGCUUACAACUAAGGAGUUUGGAUUGGCACCAGAGAGAUUGUGGGUUAGUGUUUUUGAAGAUGAUGAUGAAGCUUUCUCUAUAUGGCAUGAUGAGGUAGGGGUUCCUGUUGAACGUAUAAAGAGGAUGGGUGAGGAUGACAACUUCUGGACGAGUGGGGUUUCUGGUCCCUGUGGUCCAUGCUCUGAGAUCUAUUAUGAUUUCUAUCCUGAGAGGGUAGAUUCAGAUGUAGAUUUGGGAGAUGAUAGUAGGUUUGUAGAGUUCUACAAUCUUGUGUUCAUGCAAUAUAACAAGAGAGAUGAUGGGUUCCUUGAUCCCUUAAAACAGAAGAAUAUAGAUACUGGGCUUGGGCUUGAGCGUAUGGCUCGCAUCCUUCAGAAGGUCCCAAACAACUAUGAGACGGACUUGAUCUUUCCCAUUAUAGAAAAGGCAGCAGAAUUGGCAGUGGUUUCAUAUGCCAAAGCUGAUGAUCGCAUAAAGUGCUAUCUUAAAAUUAUUGGAGAUCACAUGCGUGCAAUUGUUUAUCUCAUAUCAGAUGGGGUUGUCCCAUCUAAUAUUGGGAGAGGCUAUGUUGUUCGGCGACUUAUCAGAAGAGUUGUUCGUACUGGUAGGUUACUUGGCAUUAAGGAAGAUGGUAACGGAAACCUUGAAGGAGCAUUUGUACCACUACUUGCUGAGAAAGUGAUGGAACUAAGCAGCAAAAUAGAUUCAGAUGUGAAAACUAGAGCACCCCGAAUCCUUGAGGAGUUAAAAAGAGAAGAGCUGCGAUUUGUGCAGACACUUGAGAGGGGAGAAAAGCUAUUGGAGCAGCUGUUAACUGAGGCAUCAUUAAGGGGCCCUGUUAAUGGGGUUGGACCUUGUUUGUCUGGCAAAGAUGCGUUUCUUUUAUACGAUACAUAUGGUUUCCCAAUAGAAAUAACAAUGGAAGUUGCUCAAGAAAGAGGCGUCAGUGUAGAUAUGGAAGGUUUUGAUAGUGAAAUGGAUAACCAAAGACGCCAGUCUCAGGCUGCUCACAAUGUUGUUAAACUUGCAGUGGGAAAUGCAUCAGAGCUUACUGAGAGUGUUCCUGACACUGAAUUCUUAGGAUAUAACACCCUCUCUGCCAGAGCAAUUGUGGAGAGCCUUAUGGUGAAUGGAAAGCCAGUAAUACAGGUCUCUGAAGGAAGUGAUGUAGAAAUUAUGCUGAACAGAACACCAUUUUAUGCUGAAUCUGGUGGUCAAGUAGGAGACCAUGGUUUUCUAUAUGUUCCAGAUGCUGAUAGUAGUCAAAAAGCUAUUGUGGAGAUCAAUGAUGUCCAGAAAUCUCUUGGAAAUAUAUUUGUUCACAAGGGUACUAUUAAGGAGGGAGCUAUAGAAGUUGGGAGAGAAGUGGAGGCUGCUGUUGAUGCAAAUUUGAGACAACGGGCUAAGGUUCACCAUACUGCUACACAUCUGCUACAAUCUGCUCUUAAACUUGUAAUCGGCCAAGAAACAUCACAAGCUGGUUCACUGGUAGCUUUUGAUCGCCUCCGGUUUGAUUUCAAUUUUCAUCGUCCCUUGCUAGACCAUGAGAUCGUGGAAAUUGAGAGAUUGAUUAACGGAUGGAUUAGUGAUGCAACACGUCUUCAAACCAAAAUUAUGCCUCUAACUGAUGCCAAAAGGGCUGGGGCUAUUGCAAUGUUUGGUGAAAAGUAUGGAGAACAGGUACGCGUUGUAGAAGUUCCUGGUGUAUCAAUGGAACUCUGUGGUGGAACCCAUGUCGGGAAUACUUCAGAAAUACGUGGCUUCAAAAUAAUUUCAGAGCAAGGAAUUGCAUCAGGGAUUAGGCGUAUUGAAGCUGUAGCUGGUGAUGCUUUCAUUGAUUAUAUCAAUAUCCGUGACAACUGCAUGAGACAUUUAUGUUCCACUCUGAAGGUAAAAGAUGAAGACGUAACAACCAGGGUGGAAAGUCUUUUGGAGGAGUUACGGAUGGUGAAGAAUGAAAUUGCUGCUGUUCGUGCUAAAGCCGCUGUGUACAAAGCAUCAACAGUUGCUACCAAAGUAUUCUCAGUGGGAGCUUCUAAAAAGAUCAAGGUUCUUGUGGAGAAUAUGGAUGAUAUUGAUGCUGACUCACUAAAGCAUGCUGCGGAACAUUUAGUGGAUACACUUGGGGACCCUGUAGCUGUGGUUUUGGGCUCAUGUCCAGGUGAAGGGAAGGUGAGCUUGGUUGCUGCAUUUAGUCCAGCAGUUGUAGAUCUGGGAUUACAGGCUGGGAAGUUUAUCGGACCUAUUGCUAAGAUGUGUGGUGGAGGAGGGGGUGGCCGGCCUAAUAUAGCCCAGGCAGGUGGACGGAAGCCUGAGAACCUGUCGAAUGCGCUUGAAAAAGCUCAAACAGAACUUGUUGGUACUCUGUCUGAAAAAGCAAGCUGAGUAUCAAUUAGUUUCGCCUUGAUGAACUUUCGGUUUGCCAAAAGGAGUGCCAAAUUUCUGUCAUUGUAACUUCUGGAAGCACGCAUAUUAUUCGAUCUGCAACUACAUUGUCAAGGGAAUUUCUGUUUCCAGUCAAUAGAUAGGAACAGGUGGGUACAAGCUUUUCCUUUUCCUCUGGUUCUGUUGGCACAAAAGCAGAAAAAUGUAUUACUAGUUCUUAAACUGCAUGUUGUCAUCAUGUUUAUAUAUUUUUUUCUCAAACCAGCUUUAUUAUGUUGAUGAAGCAUGUCAUAUAGUAGCCAAAUUUGUAUAGGUCCUAUUUGAACUUGUAAGAAUGUGUAUAUUUUGUUGCUUUUUCCUAACAUUCAGCUUGUCAGAAUUUCC